AUGAGCGCGGCCGGGCGAGCCCCGUGCGGCCUGCCGCGCAUCGGCCUGGGCACGGCGGUGCAGGGCCCGCGGCCGGACCCCGUCCGCGCCGCGGUGCUCCGCGCCAUCCAGCUCGGCUACCGCCACUUCGACACGGCCGCGCACUACGCCACCGAGGCGCCCAUCGGGGACGCCGCCGCCGAGGCCGUGCGGACGGGCGCCGUCGCCUCCGCGGGAGCUCUUCAUCACGUCCAAGGUCUGGUUAUUAUAUCGGCGCAACCAUCCAUAUGCAGCAAUCUCCAGAUGGAGUACGUGGACCUCUACAUGGUCCACUGGCCCGUGACCAUGAAGGCCGGGAGGUUCACGGCCCCCUUCACGCCCGAGGACUUCGAGCCAUUCGACAUGCGGGCCGUGUGGGAGGCCAUGGAGGAGUGCCACCGCCUGGGCCUCGCCAAGGCCAUCGGCGUCUGCAACUUCUCCUGCAAGAAGCUCGAGACCCUGCUGUCCUUCGCCACCAUCCCUCCCGUCGUCAAUCAGGUUGAGAUCAACCCAGUGUGGCAGCAGCAUAAGCUGAGGGAGUUCUGCAGGGAGAAGGGCAUCCAGCUAUGCGCCUACUCGCCCCUGGGCGCCAAGGGCACGCACUGGGGCAGCGACUCGGUGAUGGACUCCUGUGUCCUGCACGAGAUCGCCAAGUCCAAGGGCAAAACCGUGGCACAGGUGUGCCUGAGGUGGGUGUACGAGCAGGGCGACUGCCUGAUCGUGAAGAGCUUCGACGAGGGGCGGAUGAAGGAGAACCUGGACAUCGUGGGCUGGGAGCUGACGGAGGAGGAGAGGCAGCGCAUCAGCAAGAUCCCCCAGCGGAAGAUCAACCAGGGCCGCCGCUACGUCUCCGAGCUGGGGCCGUACAAGUCCCUCGAGGAGCUCUGGGACGGCGAGAUACAAUACAAGUAA